AACGCACAACAAAUACCACCCACCACCUCACUACCAUGCUCAGUCUUGCCACCAACGCCGUGACGGAACGUCUCAAAAUCGGGGGCAUCGCCGUGCGUCGCAGUCUAUCGCCCAAACUUUUGCUGAAAGUAGAGACCAACUUGAACACGGACGGCAGCUGCUUAGCAUUAGAUGCCAAACACGAAGAAGAAACCUCAGAAUUGUGGAACGACCAGGUCAUUGCCAGCGUAAAGAUCCCGAAGGAAGAGGUGCAACUCGGCCACCUCAUUGGCCAAGGAGCUUCCGGGGAAGUCUACUCGGGAUCGUUAAGAGGCGAGAAGGUGGCGGUCAAGAAGCUCCGAACAGAAACGCAAGAAAAUGAGGAGCACGUCAACAAGUUCCUGGCCGAAGUGAAGACCUCAGCCACGCUCGAUCACCCGCACAUUGUUGGCUUUGUGGGUGUGUCCUGGACCUCCGUGUCCGACGUAUACGUCAUCCAAGAGUUUGCGGAAGGUGGCGAUCUACGGUCGCUACUGGACAAGUACGAGGCUGAGAAACACGUCGUCGGUUUUGACCAGGAAAAGACAAAAAUCGCAAUGCAGAUUUGCAGCGCACUCGCCCACAUGCACUCGCAGUCGCCUCCUGUGAUUCAUGGCAACCUCAAGUCGAGGAAUGUGUUGCUGAACAGCGAGUUGGAGGCCAAAGUGACCAAUUUCGGUACUGAAAGCAAGAAAAAGACGCUGUGGAUGGCUCCCGAGAUCCUUCGUGGUGGGAAGCAAAGCACCGACGCCGACAUGUUCUCGUUCGGUGUUCUGCUGUCGGAACUCGACAUGCUCUCGGCUCCGUACUCUCAAGCGCGGAAACAAAUCCACGACUCGAGCUGGUGCAUACUGCAGGAUGCUGCUAUCUUGGAGAAGGUGACCAAGGGCAGUCUCCGCGUGGUCUUUUCGGAGUCUGGCCCCAUGGCUCUGGCAGAACUUGGACGCGCAUGUGUAUCCAUAAACCCACUCAACCGCCCCACUGCCUCAGAAGCGCUGUACAGGCUUCAGAUGAUUUUGUCGGAGGAGCUGGCGUAAGGUCCUUUUGCUGAUUUGGGUCGUGAUCCGACGCCGCUUUUCCUCUCUUCAUUGAUAGAUUUGGUGUACAUAAUAAAUAUCUUUCUUUUGCACAUG